AAGAAAAGGGAAUAUUUUAUUAAUAUUCAAGAAUGCUUAGCAUUUGUUAUGUGGUGAUUAUGUAUUUACAGUCUCUCAGGCUUGUCAUGAGCUAACACUAUAUUAAUUCUUUCUCUAACCACAAGAUAAAGACUCAAUGAAUAAUUCUAGUCUUACAAUGUAGUCAGCCAUUUAUAUACAUAUAGCUUAAAAACGGACCAUCUUGAUGUUGGUCUUACUAUGGAAAUGGGAUCAGAUGUAGAAGAAAAUCAUGAAGAGGAAAGUGAAGCAAAGCUGUCAAAAAGAAAAACCUUCUUGAAGUCAUUUUACAAAUAUCUACAGAAGCCAGCUCCCUCUAGAACAAAGCAUUUAAUUAGAAAACCAGUGAAGGGCCUUCCUUAUGACGUCAAUGCAUUGUCUGAUGGUGAUCUUGCACGCCAGCUACGAAACUAUGGACAAGUCGUUGGACCUAUUACUGAUACAACUAGACCAUUAUACCAAAAGAAACUUAUUAAAAUUCUUCAAGAAGAAAUGAAAAAUCCAGAAACCUUCCAUGAACAACUGAAACCACCUCUUCAACAAGCAAAGCCUUGGGAAUUUUCUGAAAAUGAAGAAGAUGAAGAAGAGGAGGAAGAGCCUGCAAAACCAGUGAGUGUAUCAAGAAAACAGAAAAAGAAAUCACAAGAAGAAGUGGUGAUGAUUGAAGACCAUAUAGAUGCUGUCACUGAGGUCCCCAAAGAUAUGACCCCACCCAAGGAAAGCACCCCAAAAGUGGACAAGCGAGAGACUAUUGUCUCAGAGUACUAUSUCGAGACGCGUAAACGAGCAGUUGCUAACAACAAAAGUGUGGAUUCGGCRAUUAAAUCUCAGAAACUUCCACCUCCUGUCAAACCAUCUGCUGUAAAGCAAGUUGAUGGUAGUUCAUGGGAGUGGAAGGCUGUCCUUGUAGUUUUAGCAUUAAUUACAACCAUUUUGCUAGUUUAUUAUUUCAUGGAAGGUUCAGCAGACAUACCACAAUUGAAAUCCAAUGUGUAGUUUAUACCUUUAACAAAUACAAUGUUCAUUUUUUUGUAUUUCAUCGUCCAUUGAAAAUAUUUCGAUUUUGUGCAUGUAGUAGUUUGUAUGCAUGCAAASCAAGGUUUUCAUUAUUAUUCUAACAUUUUGAAUUGAUAUCAAAGUGCAAGAAACAAAAAGGUCAAAUUUCAAAUAAGCCGUACUAAGGCGAAAAUAAACGAUAUUGAGGUAAUACUACUUCAAUCUCAUUCCCUUCCUUGUGGGCUUCCUGUCUUAUAGGAUGAAGAGUAGGGACUGUACAUUUUUAUCAAAAUAACAACKGGCAUUCCCAGUCGGAUUACAAAGGWUGAAAAUAACGCUCGUUCUUAAUAAUCAKUACAAAGCCAAGACACUUUCUUUCAACUUGGUUGGUCAUUAAUAUUCCUCUUCUAAUAUUUGAUAUUUGUAAAAUAUAUAUUUUCAAUGCACUUAAUAAAAUAUUUCAAACACACCUUA